AUGGAACAGCAUGAUCCACCACGGAGACAGUAUGCGACCCAAGCCUUCACGGCGCAGCAACCUCAACCAGCCCUCGCUCCGACGUCCGGGCAAUACGCCGCACCGGGCGGUACUGAGCGAUUCCGACAGUCAGCCUACUUGCAAGAAUCUCCCAGUACACCACCUUCUGCCAUCCGAGGAGGUAGCGAUGCGCAGACAGCAUAUGGAUACGCGCCGGUUGCGCAAUACGGUGCGGCGAGUGCAAUGCAACCCACCGCUCUGCAGUACGGCCAGGAGAUGCAAACGCCUGAGUCGCAGAGACAGCAGUCACAACCGUACCCACAUUAUGGGUCGCACACGAUGUACGGCAUGGCGCAGCCACAUGGCGCGCAGUCGCCGUACGAUCCAAUCACACAAUAUCGAUCGCGUACGAAUACGGCCUCCGAAACACUCGGCUCACAGUUCGGAGUUCCACAGAAUGCCCAAUACUAUCUUGCAGGACAGCCGUCGCAGCCAAAUACGUCAGCACCGCAGAUGCCCUCUCAUCAUCUUCCAUCACAAUACGAGCAGCCGGAGACCUACCCUCAGCCAGGUUCGUCAAACACGCAGCCUUACGGUGCCGCGAUGAUAGACCCUUCUCACGGAGCUCAAUACCAGAAUUACGUUCAACAACAACCUCAACCUCAAUACCAGCAAAUACAGCAGCAACCAACACUCGACCAGGGAUUCGACCGCUACAACGAUCAGAUCAGGACGAUAUUCAUUCUCGCUCGCGACGGAGCAUUGCGGGACGUUGGGGGCCAUUUGCUGGAUGUUUCGAGUUACUUGAUCGGAAACGCCGAGCAGCUUGGCCUCACCAGGGAUGAUGAGAACCUCCACGGCGACAGGCUGAGACUGUGGGAGGAGUUCAAUCGCGCAUGGUUGGUGGCGCUUCAGCGGCAGUUCGACAUGACCGAGGAGAUGGUUCAGACGAGUUAUCAGCCUCGGGAACCACAGUCGCUGAUGAGUGCGGCGAGCCUGACGCGGCUUGGUGAUGAGCUUGCUCGACUCUGUGACAGCGUGGAAAAGCAUGGGCUUGUUGAUUAUCAACUCGGCGUUGCUGAGGAUGAGAUUAUGGAUUUGCUUAUCCGCUGCCUUAUUUCGCUUGAGCCCACGGACCCCCUGUACGCCCAAGGUGGACCCUACAAUCUACCCUCCGCAAGCAGCACCACGAGAAGACGAUGA